AGUUGAAUUUGCAUACAACGACGUGGCUCUAUCGUAUUGACAUGACAGGAGAACUUGUUUACGAAUUAAUAUUCCGCCCCUAGAACGAGGAGAUCGGAUCCUUCUUUGCCUCUUCGCUUCUCUCGCUAUAUAAUUGGGAAGAUGGAACGAAUGAAAUAAGAGUACAUUAGUGGUUUCUGUGCAUGCUGGGGAGAUCUUUUACUCUCUCUCACAACUUCCUGGUUUCCAUAGGGACUCAACCACACAAAUUAGAUAACAAUUUAGGCACAAAUUGAACAAACAGUUUUUGAUCCAAUAGGGUUUUUUUCCUGCCGUCAAGAGUCCUGUGAAAUGGUCGUGAUAAAUGAUGAUGUAUUUCCUCACCACCUUGAAAAUGAUGCCAAUGGUAGUGAUGAUAGAAGCGAAUCCGAUCUUGGUAGCAUCUCCCAAGUCAAGCAGUGGAUUCGUGGAUCAUGCACAACUGAGCUGUUGAAAAGGAGGCUGCCGUUCCUGCAGUGGGCACCAACUUACACUUUUCGCUCAAUCUUCCACGACUGCAUAGCUGGCUUCACAGUUGCCCUGACAGCCAUCCCUCAAGGAAUCGCUUAUGGAGCAGUUGCCGGUCUUCCUGUUGAAUAUGGAUUAUACACAGCGUUCGCUGGUCCCUUUGUCUACGCGCUGCUGGGUUCUGUACGACAGAUCACCGUUGGUCCGACAGCUGUCAUGGCCAUUAUGACGCAUGAAUACACAUUAAAAGGUGGUGCACCUUACGCGAUUGUCCUGUCUUUUCUGGCUGGCUGCAUUGAGCUGAUGGCCGGUCUUUUGAAUUUGGGAUGGAUUAUGGACUUUAUUUCGGGACCCGUCAUUUCAGGUUUUUGCUCCGCCGCUGCUGUCACCGUCAUCGUGGCACAAUUUAAAACGCUUUUGGGUCUCACAUUCCCCGGCUCGUCUUUCGCCAAAGUCUUUCCAGGCAUCUUCGCCAACUGGAUGGAUAUCAGUUUAUGGGAUACCGUCCUCGGUUUUUCCUUCAUACUCUUGCUGCUCCUUCUCAAGAACCUGACUCUAUUGAGGAAAACUUGCACCAACUGGAGUUGCCUUCGCAAUCGACAUGUUAGCAAGGCCAUCUGGUUCGUGUCGACUUGUCGUAACGCUCUGGCCGUCAUCCUCGGAUGCGUGAUUGCCUACUCGUUCGAGCUCUAUGGAUACCACCCGUUCAAUCUCACAGGCGAAAUCAAAUCGGGGGUGCCGUCCUUUCAUCUGCCGCCGUUUAGUUUCGAGCGACCCGUAUCCAAUUCGUCCAACUCGUCCAAUCCGGAAUUCGAGUUGGUGACAUUCGACACCAUCUUGUCGGAUCUGGGCAUGGGGCUGGCCAUGGUCCCCAUCAUUGCCAUACUCGAGCAAGUGGCAAUCGCCAAAGCCUUUUCCAACGGAGGGAAGACGGACUCGACCCAAGAGAUGAUCGCCGUCGGAAUGGGAUCGAUAUUUUGUUCCUUUUUCGGAUGCCUGCCGUUGACGGCCUCGUUCUCUCGCAGCUCCGUCAUGUCGGCCAGCGGAGCGAAAACUCAAUUCGCCAAUUUCUUCAACGGCUUUGUGAUACUGAUAGCCCUGAGCUUUUUGAUGCCGACUUUUUAUUACAUUCCUAAAUCCGUGCUGGGUGCGGUCAUCAUAGUCGCCGUCUACUCAAUGGUUGAAUUUGAUGAAAUUCUUCCCAUGUGGAGAGGAAGAAGGAUCGAGUUGAUACCGUUCGCCACCACAUUCUUCUGCUGCUUGCUAAUCAACAUCGAGUACGGCAUCUUAGCCGGAGCCUUGAUCCAUUUGCUCUUGCUGGCGCACGAAGCCACCCGGACGAAAUCCAGUUACAUCCGCUACAAGCAAGGUGUAGGCGAGCGUAUCAUUCUCAGGGCUGAUCGCAAUCUCUACUUCCCCACCGUGGAGAGAUUCCGGCAAGCACUCGGCAGGAUUGCCAGCGACAAUCCCAACGAGUCGACUCCUAGGAGUAUCGUGAUCGACAUGAGUCGCGUCAGCCAAGUGGAUCACACUUCACUCAAGAUGCUAAAAGCAAUGCUGUCCGUCUGGGACAAGAAAGGCGAGCGAUACUCUUUCGCCAAUGUCAGUCCGGAUCUCGAGAGAAAUAUGCUGGCCGUCCUGCCAGCCGGAAUCAACAUUUUAAGGGUCCGCACCGACUCGGCCGACAGCGACGAGAAUGCCGAAGAGGCCGGAGCCUUGCUGGCGGUUUCGACUUGCGGAAAAGACGGCGGACAACGCGCCUAGCCCAAUAAAGUAUUUCCAUAACGGUUUUUAUUCGGGGUGGGGCGGAAUAACUUAAAAAUCUCCAUAUCAAAGGGAUAAUUUUUUUUUUUUUUUUUAAAUAACGAGUUGCAACAAAUAAUUUAAGCCAAUAACUUUUGUUAGGGAAUUAAUUUUUAUCGAAAAUAUAGCGCAGUACCAAAAAAAGUACAGUGACAAAAUUUCAAAAAAAAAAGCUGGCAAAUUUGUUAAAAAAUAUUUAUUUGCCUUUCAUAUUGGAUUUUUCUAAUUUUAAAAACUUUUUCUUUAAAAAAAAACGAGUCUCUGGCCAGCCCUUUUUUUUUUUUAAAUCACUGCACAAUCUCCUACUACAUUAAUCCAGUUUUGCACUUAGAUCAAAAUUUCGCACAUCAUUUUUAAAAACGAAUUUUUCUUUGCCUCCAGUUAUUCUUUUUAUUUGUUGCGUUAAGUUUCAGUUGUUAGCGGGCCGGAUUGAUUGAGAAUUCGAGUAAAUCUUUAAGAAGCUCUCAGACAGAUUUCUUGAACCCGAUGCCCCUCCUUUUGUUACCCAAGACUAGAUAUCUUUUGAUUCCCAUGGCUGAAAGGCAGAGAAAAAUAAAUGCCUUAUUGUAUUGAAAAAUAGACUUUUCUUUCUCUCUUUC